AUGGGGAAGACCAUCGCGGCGCAGGCGGAGGACAAGGGGAGAACACGAGGAUGCGCACAGCGGGGCGUUGGAUUGACUUCGAAUGACAGGCGGCUCGUGAGCGAUCCGUUGCAUUUUACUGGGGUAGACCUGGGAGACCGAACCGGCGCAACGCGGAGGAGCUUUCCUUACCAAGGCUCUGAAGAUGAAGAGGACGAUGACAUUACUUCUUCCGGCGACGACGACGACUACGACGAGGGGGCACAGCUGGUCCUGCGAGAGAGGGAAGAGGAGGCAUUGGUGCAAUCAGCGCUGGCGCGUAUCCAGCGUGCCCAAGACCGCGGCAAGAAAGAGGUCAAGCUCAACAAGGAGGAGCUCGCCGCCCUCGAACGAAGGCGGAAGCGCAUUCAGGAGGAGGAGGCGCGCAGCGCCAGCAGCAGCAGCAGCAGCGAGACGAGCGAAUGCGUCAGCCAGCGCAGCGAACGCAAACCUCUCAGCACGGUCACCGAAGUCGGGAAAGCCGACUCGAGCUACCACUUGCCUCUCAGCAUUCGCCCGCGACGUUUCGCCUCGCCUUCUGUUCACUCUGCUCAGUCUGCCUUGGCAAGGCCUGACGUCUUCCCUGACGCAUUGGAAGACCAUCGUGGGUCGUCGCCUUUCAACCCAGCGGCCUACAGCCAACCUCCAUCGUCUCACCGUCACGUCUCGGACACGGUCAGCUCAAGGCCGCGUUCCUCUAGAGGCGCUCUGCCCGCGGAGGAUGCCUGGACGCCCGGGCUCUCGCCGGCAUCGUCCUCGUCGUCCAUCUCGAGGAGCCGGCACUCACUGGACCCGCACAUGUUUCAAUCGGAGAGCUCGCGCGCGCCGUACCUGACUGGCGCUGGGGCCACCUCCCGGAGGCACCUCGCAGGUCCGGCCGAGGCUCGGCGGUCGUCGGGCCCCCCUGCUGCAGCUAGGGGCGGCAGAAGCUCGCGGCGGCCGAGCCCGGACGAGACGAGUGAGGCGGCGAGCGAGACGAGCGACCCGGACACGAGCGACGACCUCGGCAACGGGGUUCAGAUUGUAGAUCCACCGCUACGAAGGGGCAGGCAAAGUGAAAUUGUGGUUGAGGAAGAACCGGCGGAUCCGCGCCGUGAAGUGUCGAGGGGUAAGAAGUCGUCCAACUCGUCUCCUGUCAAGAGAAAGCCAGUUGCCAGCGGAAGGAAGAAGAAGAAGUAG